AUGGGCAUCUCCUCGCUCUGGGGCGGCUCCUCAGCACCGGCCACCGAAGAAGAGCGCCGCGCCCAGGCCAUCCGCUCCGGUGCCGCCGUCCCCUCCCGUGCCGAGCGCAAAAAGUGCUGGGACUCGCGUGACCUCUACUUUGGCUGCCUCGACCGCAUAAACGUCUAUGACGCUCUCGAGCCCGCCGGCGCCGCGGCUGCACAAAAGUCGUGCGCCAAGGAGAGUCAGCAGAUGGACCGCGACUGUGCCGCGGAGUGGGUCGUGCAUUUCAAAAAGUUCCGCCUGGCCAACCACCAAAAGGAGCAGCGGCUGGCGGCCCUCAAGGCCCAGGGCGCCUUUGAGGUGCAGAUCAACAACGGCCCUGGCGACUCGGUGCCAGCCAACAAGAAGUAA